UAAAAGGGGGUGCUGGCGGGCCAGCGCGAGAGCCAUGCAGUCCAAGCGGGAAUGCGAGCUGUGGUGUGAGAGGGUGAAUCCAGAGAACAAGGCGGCGUUGGAGGCGUGGGUCAGGGAGACGGGCAUCCGCCUGGUGCAGGUGAACGGGCAGAGGAAGUACGGCGGGCCGCCCCCAGGCUGGGUGGGCAGCCCGCCGCCGGCCGGGUCGGAGGUGUUCAUCGGGCGGCUGCCCCAGGACGUGUACGAGCACCAGCUGAUCCCGCUGUUCCAGCGCGUGGGCCGCCUCUACGAGUUCCGCCUGAUGAUGACCUUCAGCGGCCUGAACCGCGGCUUCGCCUACGCCCGCUACAGCUCGCGGCGCGGCGCUCAGGCCGCCAUCGCCACGCUGCACAACCACCCGCUGCGCCCCGCCUGCCCGCUGCUGGUGUGCCGCAGCACGGAGAAGUGCGAGCUGAGCGUGGACCGCCUGCCGCUGGGGCUGAGCCGCCGCGCGCUGCUGCUCGCUUUGCAGCCGCUGGGGCCCGGCCUGCAGGAGGCGUUGCUGCUGCCCAGCCCCGGGCCGGCGCCCGCGCAAAUCGCGCUGCUCAAGUUCAGCUCGCACCGCGCCGCCGCCAUGGCUAAAAAGGCCCUGGUGGAAGGCCAGUCACGCCUCUGUGGAGAGCAGGUGGCAGUGGAGUGGCUCAAGCCAGACCUGAAGCAGCGACUCCGCCAGCAGUUUGGGGGUCCGUUGCUGCGGCCCCUACAGCCAGAGAGCAGCCGCUUGUCCCUGGCCAGGGACAAGCUAGUGUCCCAAGGGGCUCGGGCUGCCCUGCAGGUGUUGUGCCAGCAGAUGAAGCUGGGCAUCCCAGUCUUCCUCACCAAGUGUCUGGGCACGGGCCCUGCUGGCUGGCAUCACUUCUGGUACCAGGUGGUGAUCCCUGGGCACCCGGUGCCCUUCAGUGGCCUCAUCUGGGUUGUGCUGGCCCAGGAUGGGCAGGAUGCACAUGAGGUGGCCAAGGAUGCUGUGUCUGCACAGCUGCUGGAGGCACUGAGUAAGUCUGGGGCCAGCCUCCUGCAGCCUGCUGUGGCUAAGGCAGGUGUCAUGGUCAAGCAGUGACCCCAUCCUCUCUACAGGCAGCCUGACCAAAGGGGCAUAACCUGGGUCAGUCCCCAGCCCAGCAGGCCUGGGUAACCACUAUCUGAUCCCAAAAGGGGGAGGGGCAUGGGCCCUGCCUUAGGCCUGACAGCCCCAUAGCUGGGGCAGGGUCCCAGCACACACCUGGGGACAGCUCAGGUUUGGCUAAGUUGUGGUGAGGGACCUUGCCCUCCUCCCACCCAGGCUUGGGUCUGACCCAUGGAUAUUCCUUGCCCAUUCUCUGACACACACACCCUCUCCUCCUCCCACAGUGUAGCAUAAAACUUUGCUUAUUUUCUUGACUUGUCCUCUUUGCUGUUUUUUAUUUGGGGGCUGGCAAAGCCAAAAGGUCAGAAGUCUUACCUUUUGUCCCUACCACUUGGUAUUCUAGUUUCGGUUUAUGUACAACUUUUGAGUUUUUCUAUGCUGGUUGUAUUUAUAUUAAACCCCUGGUUGGUGUACACCUGUGUCAGUGCUGUGGACUUGUAUUACAGUGGGAGAGUGAGGGGCUGCUGCAGGGUAAGCAUUUCCCCACAUAGUGCCCGGAGUCCUGAGCCUCUGUCUGCAUGUCGUCUUGGCAACACCUUGGAAGCAAAACUCUUGCCCAGGAAGGAUCUAUCUUAAGAUUCAGAUCAUCCCCUCAGUCACUAUCAUCCUCACUCUCCUCUUCCUCCCCAGCUGUGGGGUCCUCUCCUUCCUCCCUCAGUCCUGCA